UCACUUCUCGAGUCCCCAAAAAUGAAAAUAAACAAAUAAAAGAGCUAAUUGUCUUCUCUCUCCGACAAGACAUGUUUAGCACCAUUUCGGUUCCUUCCUUAAAAUUAAAUAUCAUCAUCACUUUCAUCUUAAAAUCCCAAAACCCCUUUUUAUGCCCCAUUCUUAAAAAAAAAAAAAAAUCUCUCCUUUAUCUCCGUAAUCCAUUUAUUCUCACUCACUGUUGCUUCUUUUGAUUCAUAUCACAUGGCUCCGGCGACUGAUUACCAAGGCUCAUUCCUGAGUCGAAUCAGCAUCCGCCGCAACCAGAUCGUCUCCAUGGACGUUAAUCACGAGCAAGAGCUUGAAGAAAUCGAGUAUUUCCAGAAACACGUAGCUGAGCGUUUCUCUGAGUUAAUACCAUCUCAACCGCCGCCUCCUUCUUCCUCCUCCGAUGUCGCAUCUGUCUCUCAGCCGAUUCUUUCGAUCCCUUGGUUACAGAGUCUUCUAGAUGUUUUAAUGUCCUGUGACGCUGAGUUCAAGGCGGUGUUGAGCAUGACCCAGAUCUCGAAAUCUCCGUCUCUAGAAAGGGUUUUGUCUGAAUUGCUUGAUCGGAUUCUAAAGGCGUUGGAUUUAUGUAACGCCGUUGUUGCCGGGAUUGAUUCCGUUAGACAGAGCAGGCGUUUCGCGGAGAUUGCUGUUACGGCGCUUAAGCAACGGCCGUUAUGUGACGGAGGCGUUCGUAGAGCUAAGCGUGCGUUGACAAGUCUCCUCGUUGGGUUAAACGCUGAAGAGAGGAGAGAUAGAAACAGCGGAGGAAGUGGUAGUGGCAGUAGUAACCAACGAAGGACAACGUCGAGGUCUUGGUCGUUUGGACCGCGCAGCAACGUCACCGGAGGUGGAGGAUCAUCUGGCCACGUCGGCAAGAAUUGGUCUGCGACGAAGCAGAUUCAGGCUAUGGUGUCCAAUCUGGUGCUGCCACGUGGAGCGGAAGCUUCUGGACCGGCAAUGCCGGUUUACAUAAUGAGCAGUGUUAUGGUUCUGGUGAUGUGGGUGCUUGUGGCGGCGGUUCCUUGUCAGACAAGCAGCCUUCUUGCGGCGCCAUUGCCACUUCCGAAACACCAGAGUUGGGCUAGCGCAGCUGUUUAUAUUCAAGAGAGGAUUGGUGAAGAGAUGAAACGGAAGGAGAAGCGUUGUGGUGGCGGUGGAUUGAUGGAAGAGAUGCAGAGGAUGGAGAGGAUUGGGGUAUCUUUACUGGAGUUCACAGAGAGGUUUAGGUUUCCGGCAGAUGAAGAAGAGGAGGUGGAAGUUGCCGAGAAGGUGGAUGAGAUGGAGGAGAUUUGCUUGGGAAUGGAAGUGGGAUUGGAUGAUUUAAAGAUACAAGUGAGGCAAGUGUUCCAUAGAUUGGUGAGAAGCAGGAGUGAGAUUGUUUCAGUGCUUGAUCAAGCUCCUGCAAUCUAGUCUGUAAAUCUUCAAUACGAGUAACAAAAAUCUUUUCUUUGGCGAUUUUUAGUCUUAAAAACUAACCUUUCAAAAAUCUUGAUGUGUAUAAUCUACAAAUCGUAUACAUAUACACACCAAUGUUACUGUUUUCGGUAUAUGAUAACUGCAAAAACUCUAUUGACUGA